UUCUUAGAGAUGAUGGAAGAAGAGAUGUCAAGUGUGAUUUCAAGUGGUGAAGUGAAUGCAACUUCAGAAGUUUUGGAUUCAAUUAGCACUAAUCACCCUGCAAACAAACGCCAAAGAUGUGGCUGUAAUGGUACCUCCUCACAAUUCAAAGGCGUUAUGCGACAGAAAAAUGGACAGUGGGGUGCUCAAUUGUAUGCUAAUCAUACUCGAAUUUGGCUAGGGACUUUCAAAUCUGAAAAAGACGCAGCUAUGGCCUAUGACAGCGCAGCAAUCAAGUUUCGUCCUGGAGACACACAUAGGAAUUUUCCAUGGACUGACGUCACCGUUGAGGAACCAAAAUUUCAGAGCCAUUACAGUGCUGAAGCUGUCCCGAACAUGAUAAGGGAUGGUUCUUAUCAAUACAAGUUCUUGGAUUUUCUUAAGGCUCGAUCUAGAAAUGCAAAAGCAGAAAUUGAUCUCAACUCAGUUGGGACAUAUAGCAAUAAAGGGCUAACUUGCAAACAACUGUUUCAAAAGGAGCUAACACCAACCGAUGUUGGUAAGCUGAAUAGGCUUGUUAUCCCGAAAAAAUAUGCUGUCAAGUACUUUCCACCAGUAUCUGGAAGCAAAAAAGAAAAUGAUGAGACUGGUGGUAGCAUGGCAAAUGAUGCUGAGUUAUUUUUCUAUGACAAGUUUAUGAGAUUAUGGAAAUUUCGUUAUUGCUAUUGGAAUAGCAGCCAAAGCUUUGUUUUCACCAGGGGUUGGAACCGAUUUUUAAAGGAAAAACAACUGAAAGCGAAUGAUGUGAUUUCUUUCUACGUAUGUCAGCGUAGAAAGGAAAGGGAGAUACAUAGAUUCUGCAUGAUCGAUGUGAACGAGUUUGGAAAUAAUAGUGCAUUGAUUGAGGCAGCCAAUUUUCAGGUGGGAAGAGAAGUAGAUUUGCAACUUCGGUUGGGACAUUGUUAUGCCUCUGAUGGUCAAAACCACGUCAAACAAGAGAAAUUAAUGGAAGCAUGGCCUAAACAAGGGCAAGUAAUGGCAGCAGAAGCAAGACAAGAUGUUAAUACUGAGGGUUUCAAGCUCUUUGGUAUACAAAUUAACUAA